UCUUGCCCGGAACAGACGUAGUCGCUCGUGUGCGUGCUCGAUCUUCGCUUCAAUCACUUCGGUUUUAUAUGCACCCAAGGCUAGGUGCCGAAAUCUAUGAUUGAAAUUGAUUGAUUGACAGACGGAUUCAAUCAACACGUAUAUUCAAUCAAAGUGAUAUUAUGAUGUGGCCGGCCCAAUUAAAAGCGAUGGCCUUUGCCUUCGCCUGCCUUUUGGCGGCGAUCUGUGUCUGCGAGGGCUCCUCUCAGGUGGGGCCACAGGUGACCCAAGCGCCGCCAACGCUGCCGCCUGCCCAUGUGCGGUCGCGCCUGCGCACCGACUUCCGAGCCAGCCCCGUGAGUGGCACAACGACUCCGCCCCGCUGCGAGUACAAGGAGCUGAUGACGAAUUUGCACGAUCGAGUUGGCAUCUUGGCGACCUUGGACGAGGACCAGCGCCAUCGCCUGGAAGUCAUCGAUAAAAAACUUGAUCAACUGGUGGAAAGCAAUGCCGGUCGCAUGGAGUCCCUGAAGGCGCAGCAAUUGAGCUUCCAGCAGCGGCUGGACAGCUUCGAGCACAUCCAACGGCUCUCGCGCAGCACCCUGGACGAAUUAAAAGGUGAAACAGACUUUAAUUUGGGUCCCCGAAGUGUUAGGCAGCUGAAGCAAAAGCUAAACAAUCGCAGAAAGAUGAUGGAUCUCUCGCGCACCGUUCGCGCUGCUCCCCAGCAGGAUGCUCCGUCUUACAAUCUGAGUCUUACGGACCGCUUGGAUGCCCUGGCCACGCUGCUCACCUCCACGGCUCUGAGUGUGCGGGCCGUGCAGGAGGAUGUCCUCAAGCUGACCAAAUCCAUCAAUCGCCAGCGUCGCCCGUUCAAUCGCAGGGUACCGCCACACCUCAUCGGACAACCAGUGGCCGGACUGAGUCCAGCCACCAGCUGCCUGCAGUACUAUCUGGCGGUGCAGGGCAUCCUAAGGCUGCAGCUUACCGCCGAGUCCGAGUCGUUCUAUGUGGCCUGCGAUGAGGACUGGACUGUCAUCCUUAACCGUAGCUCCGACGAGAUCAACUUUGAGCGUGGCUGGCUGGACUACAAGGAUGGCUUCGGCAAUCUGGCCGGGGACUUCUUCAUUGGCCUGAACAAACUGCACGCCCUGACCUCUUCGGCCAUCCACGAACUGCGCAUCGUGUUCGAGGACUUUGAGGGGAAUGUGGCCUACGCGGGCUACUCCACCUUUGCCAUCGGCAGCGAGAAGGAACUCUACCCGUUGAGCCUGCUGGGCCGGUUCCAAUCGGAUUUGAGUCCUUCGGCGGGAGACUCCCUGUCCUACCACGCCGGUGCCAAGUUCAGCACCAUCGAUAGCGACAACGACAACUGCGUGGACUGCAACUGCGCGCUGAAGCACAAGGGAGCCGGCUGGUUCAACAACUGCGGCACCAGCAAUAUCCUGGGUCACUACCACCUGCAGAACUUUGCGCUGGCUGGCGAGUCGGGCAUCUUCUGGGACAGCUUUCAGGGCAAGGACUAUUCGCUGCGAAGGGUCCGCAUGAUGAUACGCCCCAUCGGAGAGGAGGAGGCCAGGCGCUAGGCGCUAGGCCCAUGAUACUCUCUUCUGUUCCGCCAUGUAUUGCAUUGGAAGUGCCAUUUUGUGUGUAAAUCAGGGAUCCCCAAGAAGAAGAACCAGCUUCGAUGAGUGUUUGCUUUCUUACGCAUUUUAACCCCAGCCCAGCUCAGCCCAGCCUUAGCUUUAUUCCCGAACUUGUGCGUGUACUUCCUCACUCGUAUGUGUAAUAUUUAUGGAAAAUUACUUAAUACCUAGAUAAUACAGUAAUGUUAUGUGUAUCCAUUA